CUAGUCAAAAUUUUCACUUGAGAGCAAAAUGCAGCAGUGCCCGCCCUAUCAUCUCAAAAACUGAGAACAAGCUCUUCUCCUGCUGCACUUGUCUUUGGCGAUGAAUUCGUUAACACUUCCAGUUGCAAUUUUUCUACCUUCGAACGACCCUUCUCCCAACUUUCGAACGACAAGAAACUUAAAUUCUCAGCAGAAAAUCGCAUUCACGAGGGCAAAAUGGCGGUGUUCAGCCACCGACCAACCACAGCAGAAACCAUCACAACAGCAGCAGCAGCAGCGACAGAGGCAGCCGAAGAAGAAGAAAACCCAGACCGAAGUCGAGAAAGGGAUUGACCCAGUUGGGUUCCUCACGAAACUCGAUAUUUCCCAUAAACCCUUCGCUCAAUUCCUCCGGGAAAGGUACAAAUCAUUGAAAGACCUGAAAGAUGAAAUUUUCAAGCGCUACAUGAAUCUCAGGGACAUAGCUUCUGGAUUUGAAUUAUUAGGCAUGCACCGCCAUGUGCAACACCGGGUCGAUUUCAUGGAGUGGGCUCCAGGUGCUCGCUAUUGUUCAGUGGUGGGUGAAAUUAAUGGAUGGUCACCAACAGAAAAUUCUGCAAGAGAAGGUCAUUUUGGGCAUGAUGAUUACGGAUACUGGUUCAUCAUUCUAGAAGAUAAACUGAGGGAUGGUGAAGAACCUGAUGAACUCUUUUUUCAGCAGUAUAACUACGUGGAUGAUUAUGAUAAAGGGGACAGUGGUGUUACUGCUGAGGAACUUUUCCAGAAAGCAAAUGAUGACUACUGGGAACCCGGAGAGGACCGGUAUGUAAAAUCACGUUUUGAAAUUGCAGCUAAGUUAUAUGAACAAAUAUUUGGUCCAAAUGGUCCUCAAACAGAAGAAGAAUUGGAAGAAAUACCUGACGCUGAGACGAGGUACAAGGCAUGGAAAGAACAGCAUAAAGAUGAUCCGCCCAGUAACUUACCACGAUAUGAUGUGAUUGAUGAUGGAAAAGAAUAUGAUAUUUACAAAAUUGUGAAUGAUCCUGUAUCGCGGGCGAAAUUUCGAGCUAAGAAGCCUCCACUUCCGUACUGGUUAGAGACCCGUAAAGGAAGGAAAGCAUGGUUAAAAAAAUACAUGCCCGCUAUCCCUCAUGGAAGCAAGUACAGGGUAUAUUUUAACACUUCUGAUGGGCCUUUGGAGCGCGUUCCUGCGUGGGCCCCUUACGUAGUUCCUGAUGCAGAUGGAAAUCAAGCUUUUGCUGUCCACUGGGAACCACCUCCUGAAUAUACAUAUAAAUGGAAACACAAGCAUCCUGAAGUGCCGAAGUCUUUGCGGAUUUAUGAAUGCCAUGUUGGAAUAAGUGGACUAGAGCCAAAAAUUGCCUCAUUCAAUGACUUUACAGAGAAGGUCCUUCCUCAUGUAAAAGAAGCAGGAUAUAAUGUGAUCCAGUUGAUUGGACUUGUUGAGCACAAAGAUUAUUUCACUGUUGGUUAUAGAGUAACCAAUUUGUAUGCUGUUAGCAGCCGUUAUGGUACACCUGAUGACUUCAAGCGCUUGGUUGACGAAGCUCAUGGAUUGGGCCUACUAGUCUUCUUAGACAUUGUUCAUUCCUACUCAGCAGCAGAUGAGAUGGUUGGGUUAUCACUUUUUGAUGGAUCAAAUGAUUGCUUCUUUCAUACUGGCAAACGAGGGCAUCACAAAUUUUGGGGUACGAGAAUGUUCAAAUACGGAGACGUUGAUGUGCUGCAUUUUCUUCUCUCUAAUCUGAAUUGGUGGGUGGUGGAGUAUCAUAUUGAUGGUUUCCAGUUCCAUUCACUCGCAUCGAUGAUAUAUACGCACAAUGGUUUUGCUUCUUUUAGUGGUGAUAUGGAAGAGUACUGUAACCAAUAUGUUGACAAGGAUGCUCUAAUGUAUCUUAUUUUGGCAAAUGAGAUAUUGCAUGCUCUUCAUCCCAAGAUAAUUACAAUUGCUGAGGAUGCAACACUUUAUCCCGGACUAUGUGAGCCCACUUCUCAGGGAGGAUUGGGCUUUGAUUACUUUGUCAAUCUUUCUGCAUCCGAGAUGUGGUCAUCGUUACUUGGGAAUGUUCCUGACCGUGAUUGGAACAUGAGUAAGAUUGUGAGCACGUUAAUCGGAAACAGGCAUAGUGCUGAUAAAAUGCUUUUGUAUGCUGAAAAUCACAACCAGUCCAUAUCUGGAGGAUGUUCCUUCGGAGAAAUAUUGCUUGGCGAACCCAGGGAGCAUGCUUCUGACAGAAAGGCAUCAAUUCUUAGAGGGUGUUCACUGCAUAAAAUGAUCAGGUUAAUUUCAUUUACAAUUGGUGGCCAUGCUUACCUAAACUUCAUGGGUAAUGAAUUUGGGCAUCCAAAGAGGGUAGAGUUCCCAAUGCCAAGUAACAACUUCUCAUUCUCACUUGCUAAUCGUCACUGGGAUCUGUUGGAAGCCCAAGUGCAUAAGGAACUCUUCUCCUUUGAUAAGGACAUGAUGAACAUUGAUGAAAAGGAAAGGAUUCUUUCAAGGGGACUUCCAAACAUUCACCAUGUGAAUGAUACUACUAUGGUGAUAUCUUACUUGAGAGGUCCCCUACUUUUCAUAUUCAAUUUUCAUCCCACAACGUCAUACGAAAGAUACAGUGUAGGUGUGGAAGAAGCUGGAGAAUAUCAAGUCAUACUGAAUUCGGAUGAAAAGAGGUACGGUGGUCAAGCACUGAUUGAGCAGGACCAAUAUAUUCGAAGAACUGUCAGUAAGAGGAUGGAUGGACUCCGAAAUUGUUUGGAAGUGCCACUUCCUAAUAGAAGUGCUCAGGUUUACAAAUUGACUCGGAUUCUGAGAAUAUGAACUGUCGUGCAUACUCAAUCUUGCACAACUCUGGUUUUUCGAGGAAAUGAAGCCAAAACCAAUGAUCACAUAAGAUUGUUUACCUUCCUUGGGCAACAUUUCUACUCUCCAAAAGCUUUGAAACGUAAAUUUUGACAAAAAGAAUGGGGGUCCAUAAACUUUGCAGCUCACACAUAAUCCUCAGUUAUCUCCGGUGGUGUACAGUACUAGCACUGUGGUUGAUCUCUCUCUCUCUCUCUGUGAUGCUCUCUGCCUCUCUCAUUGUGCUACCAUAAAAAGAAGUCUACUUCUGACUCGAAGAAAAGGCACGCUUGGAACAGCAAAAACUUUUGAGGUUCUUGAGCCCCACGGUUGGAUUCACCGAACUUUUGCCUGAUGAUUCUUUUAUUUAUGCUAUUGAGGGCAUGUCUGGAUCGGGUGGUGAACAAACAAUCAGUUGCAGAGAGACUGAACUCCUGUGAGUAAACUUAUACAAAUAGGGUCUUGAACAGGAUGUAACCGCGGUAGGAGGGAAGUUUUGCCUUACUUUUUCUAUUUGGUUUGCAAAUUUUCCCUUUAUUUUGAGGAAUGUUCGUUUACGGAAAAUUGUUGUGUCUUAAAAGAGAAAUGUGAGAUCAUGAUUAGAGAUGUUACUGGCGUGCAGCUGUGCUACAGGGCCUGGGCCGGUGAAAACUUGAACUACAGAAAAGGAAAAUGAUUUCGAUA